GAUGAUGUGCUAUCCAGACAUGCCACUGCUAUUGUGAUGACUGCUAGAGAGAAACAUCAUCUCUCACAGUGGUGUGAAUGAUGUUGUGGCUGCGGUUCAGGAGUAUCAAGCUCAGUUACUGAACAACUUGAGGAAUCAGCUACAAACAGUAUUGAACAGACAUGCAGGAAGUGAACUUCAACAAGAAGCUUUGGGACUCUUUGACUCCUUUAAAGAUCCAUUUGCUGCAGUUUCAACGUCAUAUAGACAGGACAGUGUCAUAAAAGAAAAAUUCAGUUUUGUGGAAGCAGAAGAGGUUUCGGUCAGAUUAGCAGUAUGUUGUCAGAAAAGAGAAAAACGAAGAGACCUCGCAAUAAAAAACAAAUGUUUCCAUUUUAUGACAUCAUAGAUGGUGAACUAAUUCUUUCACACCCAUUAUUUUCUUCUAGACCCUCUGCUUUACAGAUAAUCCUUUAUUCGGAUGAAAUCGAAAUUUGCAAUCCACUUGGGUCUCAUGCUUCAAAGAAUAAGUUGCUCAUGUUUUACUACACUUUGGGAAACAUUAAUCCAAAGUACAGGUCAAAAUUAGCUUCAAUCCGCCUUCUUGCUAUUGCAAAGCAAAGUGAACUCUCAGAACGUGGAGUUGAUGCCAUAUUGGCAAGACUGCAUGAGGACUUGGUUAAGCUAUAUAAUGGCGUGAAGAUUCAUCUUCCAUGUGGUGAACAUGAGAUAUAUGGAGCAGUGGUUUCCAUAUGUGGAGAUACUUUAGCUCAACAUGAGUUGUGUGGAUUCAAAGAAGGUGUGGGCUUUGCGUACAGUAAAUGCCGACAUUGUGAAUGUUCUUUUGAGCACAUGCAAAUGUUUUUUAAUGAAGAAAACUUUGAACAAAGAACACAGGAAAGACAUAUUCGACAGUGCAGUGACACUGAGAAAGCCAGUACUGAGUAUCUCAGGAACAGCCUUAAAACUACAUAUGGAGUAAACCGAAGGAGCAAAGUAAUGGAUUUCCCUGCCUUCAAUUUAAUCCAACAAACUCCUCAAGAUAUAAUGCAUGUAAUUCUUGAGGGCAUUGCUCCCUUGGAAAUUAAGUGUCUUCUGAAACAAUUGGUUCUUUUGGGACAACUGGACCUAGAUGUUUUCAAUGCUGAUAUCAUUGGUUUCCCAUACUCUCCACAAGAUACUAGAGAUAGGCCUAGCCCUAUUGCGUACACUACAUUAGCUUCCAGUGACAACAAACUGAAGCAGUCAUCAGGUCAAAUGCUUGUUUUGCUCAAAAUAUUGCCCUUUCUGUUGGAUGUGGUUAAAGGUACUGCAUAUUUUUCCUUCAUUCUUGAGCUUCUGGAGAUUGUUCAAAUUUUGUUUUCACCUGUUAUUAGCCUUGAGACUAUUGACAAGUUGAAAGUACUUAUUGAACAGCAUCUUAAACAUUUUAAGGAUCUUUUCUCAGAGAACAACAUUACACCUAAACAGCAUUACUUGAUUCAUGUUCCAUCCCAGAUUAAACUGUUGGGACCAAUGCUUCGUCACAUGUGCAUGAGGUUCGAAUCCAAACAUUAUGGGGAGCCGGCGUCUGGACAGCAAGACGGGGAGCCGGCUCCGGACAAAGGAGCUGCUGUGACUCAGCAGGGACUGGAGCAAGGGAUUGCUGCGACUCAGCAGUGA